AUGGGACCGGCUGUGGAGGCUCAGGCCCAGAAGGCCAUGGGUGCAGAGCAAAAGCAGCAACAACAACAACAGCAGCAGCAGCAGCAGCAGCAGCAGCAGCAGCAGAGCUACAUGGAGAAAGGGAUGAUGCUUGAGCCCUUCCUACACCAAGUGGGGGGACAAUGCUGCAUCCUGCGCCUCGGGGAGCAGACCAUCUGCAAACCCCUCAUCCUCCGUGAACAUCAGUUCUACGAGAGUGUGCCUGCAGCAAUGAGGAAGUUUACCCCCCAGUAUAGAGGUGUGGUGUCAGUGAGCUUCGAGGAGGACGAAGAAGGGAAUAUUUGCCUGAUUGCUUACCCCAUUCAGAGUGAUCCAGCAGAUGAUCUGGAAAACAAGGACCCCUUGGCCAACACCAAGUCCAAAUGCGAUAUGGUCAUGUGGGAGAAAAUGAUGGCAUCCGUUGUGGACAGAGAAAAUUACAGCAAAGAUGGCAGAAGCCGCCAUUCUUGUAAAGACCAGGACAAGAGUGUUAACAAGCUGGAGGAGGAGGCCGAGGUGCUUUACUGCAGACUGGAGCGCAGUCACAGUACUGCUGUACCACAGCUGAAACACAACCCCUGGACCAAACAGAACUGCCUGCAGAAGAUUAAGGACAACGGCAUGAACUGCGACCAAUACAGAUUCAUCCUGCUGGAGAAUCUGACGUGGCGGCACACGUUGCCGUGCGUGUUGGACCUGAAGAUGGGCAUACAGCAGUAUGGAGAUGAGAUCCCUGAAGAGAAAAAGACCAGGAAGAUUCACAAGUGCCAGCCGAGUACAUCAUCUGUUUUAGGAGUCUGCCUCUCUGGCAUGCAGGUGUACCGGUGUGACACCGGCCAGCUGAUGUUCAUGAACAAGAUCCGUGGCCGCAGGCUGACUGUGUUGGGCUUCAAGGAGGCUUUGUUCCAAUUCUUCCACAGUGGAUGUCGUCUACGACAUGAACUCUUCUCACCGGUGCUGCUCCAGCUCAGAGAGUUGCAAGCUGCCCUUGAAACCUGUGAAUCCUAUCGCUUCUACUGCAGCUCUCUGCUUAUCAUCUAUGACGGAGCGCCGUACCAGAAACACACUCGGGAUGGCCUCUCUGAAGAAGAAGAAGAAGAUGAAGGUGAGGAGGUGGAGGCUGAACCGGAAAUGGAGGAGGAGGGUGAAGUAGCAGGUGCGCUUGGUUUUCCUCAGAGACCCUCCAGGUCUAGCGAUGGCUGCACCAGUAGCGGGAGCUCAGGUGUCGGGCAGGCUCGCUUGUCCCGCUCAGACACCCGUAGCCCCUUGGUGGAUGUGAGAAUGAUAGACUUCGCCCACACCACCUGCAGUCAUUACCACGGGGACAGUGUGGUGUACGAGGGCCUGGACAGCGGCUACAUCUUUGGUCUCCAGCAAUUAAUCACCAUCAUCUCCGAGCUGGAGAACCACAGCACCGACUGACAUGACACACACACACACACACACACACACACACACACACACACACACACACACACACACACACACACACACACACACACACACACACACACACACACACACACACACAUUCAGACACAGAGGCACAUAAAACACAGAGGAUAAAGAGGAGGACUGGACUGCAGAAGUGGAGAGAGAUUUCUCCUUUAAUUUUCAAAAAGAAACAUGGCCUGUCAUUUGACCCAGUUCCUGGUGCUUCUCAAUGUUCCUGUUCUUGUGUGUGUCUCUUUUCGGAAUAUGAAAUAGACUUGCAAAUAACAUAGACAAGCCAUCUUUUUGACUGGUGUAAUCUCAAAAAACUUGUUUAACAGGGUGCACCGUUGGGACAAAUAGGCAGGCAGCAAUUUAAAGCAGUUUGAAGUCUUGGGACAGAACGAGACAAAAUGUUUUCCUUAUGUCCGAUUCCAAAGAAGGCGUCAGCAUUUUGCACACACAAACACAUCCUGUUGAACAAGUGUCUGUUUGCAGUGGUACAGGGUUAUGAGAGAGAGCAGGAGUUGUAUGAGUAUGAGGACAGAGCAGAUGGGAGGAGAGGUCGUGAGCCCACACCCUCCAGUCUGCUUUUUUUGCCUCUUCAUUAUGCCAUCCUUCUUUCCCUGUUCAUCUUCACUCAAGGUGACUAUAUUCAUAUAGGUAUCAGGGACAAAUUAUAUAGAUUUAUUUCUUUAUUUGACAUGCUUCAUAAAAUAAACUAAAAAAUCAAAAAAGAAUGUGAAUGGAGAGUCCUACAUUCCAUGAUAUUAAUGUUAUAAUAAUGAUAUUAAAUAAUAUUGUUAUUUGACAUCUUU